AUGUCUGUUUGGCGUCUGCUCUGUACCGUCGGGACUAUAUGUUGCCUUCUCAUCACUAACUGUCGUGGUGAAGGGGCAUGGCUGCGACGGGAUUCGUCAUGGGUCGUGGACGCCACCGGCACACCGUGGGUCAUCGACGGAGUGACACACGAUGCCGCUAAAGCCUUGGAUGGAAACACUGGUACCUACUGGAACGUCAAAAAUAGUGAGCAGAACUACACGAACUUUUACAUCGUGCUGGACAUAGCAGCGCCUCAAACUCUGACUCGCAUCGCAGUGAAUUGCAACGGAGACACCAAUCAUGACAUCGCAGCCUUCAAGUUGCAAAUUUCUCAGGUUGGGAGUCCAUACAGCUGGGAGGACGUUGUGUCUGUCGAUAACGUGACGGGAGGGACGGACCAGAGGCAAGAGUUCGGCGGGUUCCAGGGAACAGCGCGGUACUGGAGGUUCGUGGUCACCCGGACCCACGGUGGCUGGCAACCCUAUCUCACUGAACUCAACCUCUACAGCAUCUCGCCAGAGGCGCGCUGUCCUCUGGGGUACUUCUACUGUGUAGACAGAUGUAUCCUGUCAUGGUGGCGUUGUGACGGACAUCUGGACUGCUUGGACGGUAGUGACGAGGAAGAUUGUGUCUGCCUGUCUAUUCCCGAUGGUUUCCGUCCAAGCAACAGACUGACAAUGUUGCCGAACCAACUUGGACAUGGGACGUUUGAGGCGAUGUUGAAUCCUUCAGUCCAGGAGCUGCUCAACACUUCUAACGGCCUCGGAGAGAACUACCAUCCGGAAUUACGAGACUUUGUAACUACAGUCAUUUUCCCACAAUGCAAUGUCAAAGGAAGCAUAACUCAUUGCCCUCUGUCUCCAGAUGAAGACAGCGCCACAUUAUGCACGGGUUCACAACUGGUACCGUGCCGUUCGUGGUGUGAGGAAGUGCUCAACAAGGCUGAUGAACAAAUAAAGAAAGCGUUUCCUCCAUGUGACUUGUUUCCACAUUCGCAGCACGGGUGUUGGAAUCCUAAUCCAGAUAAGAAAUCAAACGAAGUUUGCUACCAUGGCAAUGGAAAAAACUACCGCGGAAAUUGGAGUAAAACUGCAUCCGGCGCAGAUUGUAUGGUGUGGUCGACUGAUUAUGACACCGACGAGUACUCCUGGGCCAACCUGGACAACAAUUACUGCCGCAACCCUGACGGUCUGGAUCGGCCAUUCUGCUUAACUCAAGACGGUAGCCAGGAGGAAUGUGGCGUCAUCCCAUGCAAUGAGAAUGUCUGCAGGGACAGAGGUCCUCCAAUCUACGGCAAGAGAAGUCCAAAGAAGAGGUUCUAUUACGUGGGUGAAGGAGUCACGUAUACGUGCAACGAGGGUUACACCCUGGAGGCAGGAUACACCAGGGAAGUGAGGUGCACGGAAGACGGCAAUUGGCUCUAUGACAAGCCUAUCUGUUCAAUUGAUCAUAGACGAAGGCUGCAAAAUGAGGUGCUAGAGAUCUACGGAGCAGGUUUAGCUCCUGAGAACACCACAAUCACCUUCAACGGAUCUGUAGAGCAGGUUAUCGACUUGGAUGAAAAGAAUGAGCAGCUGGUCACCUCUGUUGUCAUUGAUUUCAAAUGGUGGAGCAAUCAGCUAAAAUGGGACCCAAAGUACUAUGGUGACAUCAAGACGCACAACGUUCUGGGCAGCAGAAUUUGGACACCAUCUUUCACUGUGAAAAGAAAUGCCGACGUCACCUACCGAGGCCUACAACAAGACGUACCUGUUCGAGUCAGCAGUGAUGGGCUGGUAGUCUGGAGUGUAGAAACCCUGACCACCACCGUGUGUGAUGCAGACCCCUUCUUCUUUCCUGCAGACACCAUGGAAUGUCACAUCUGCUUUUCUGCACACACUGCUAUCAAGCAAACGAUUCAAUGUCAAGGCCAAGAAGAUGGGUCUAAUGAGUGCGACACCUUUUCUGCCGAGAAGACCGAAGGCGAAUGGUACCGGAAGGACAAGAUGUUUGCUAAAGACAACAGGGAAGCUUGCUUCGUUCUACACUUGUCGCGGGCCCCCCUGUUCCACAUCGCCACUACUGUUGGACCCUGCAUCAUCCUGGUGGUACUGAUGGUCAUCACCUUCAUCAUGCCCUUAGACAGGGGCGACAGGAUCUCGUAUGGAGUUACCAUUCUACUCUCCAUGGUCGUGUCUCUCGUGUUCGUUACAGACGUACUUCCUGUCAAAGGGGUAUUGCCAUUUUUCGCUACGGUGAUCAUCAUCUGCAUGGGCCUGAUGGGAUUGUUCCUGUUCCUCACCCUGGUCAUUAUCGUCAUCCAUGACCGGGAGGGGAACCUGUCUCCGGCCGCGAAGAUUAUUUUCCUCCGAUAUAUGUCAAAGAUGCUGCUGUUGGGUGAUCUGACAGCAAAUAAGCAAGCAAACGAUGAAGAGCCUGGCGUGAUCAACAAUGCCGCCAUUGAGGUGACCAACUGCGCCUAUGAAGCCGAUAACGUGCAGGCGGGCGGCGAAGACGCCAUAUGUUUCGGUGAUGGCAAUGAGAGGAACGAGCCGCCAUCGACUCCUACUGAGGGUGUCUCCGGAUCAUCUGGCCUUUCAGAGCUGAUCGCGGUGGUCAGGGAAGUUGGGGCUCUGACCAAUGCCGUGGUCAGGGAAGUUGGGGCUCUGACCAAUGCCGUGGUCAGGGAAGUUGGCGUGACCAAUGCCGAGAUCAGAGAGCUGACCAAGGCCGUGAAGAACGCAGAGGAUGUGUCCGACUACAUCCUGCUAGCCAAAGUCCUGGACAGGCUGUGUCUUGUCAUGUACGUCAUCACCAUCGUGGCAACCGUUCCUAUGACCAUGUAUUUGGCCAAGUAA